AUUUUAACAAAAGAUUUUCCCGCGGAUAUAUGUAAAUGGCGUCUAGCGUGAUGUUAGUUUGAUAUCUAACAAAUAUUUAAUGGAAUAUGACUGCUACAAAUGGUUUUUCAGAUUCGCAAGAGUCUGAUUUAUUAGGCGAAGAAGAAUAUAAAACACUAGUGAAAGAUAUUGGAUUUGUGCCCACACCCUGGAUACAAAGUGUAACGGAAGAGAUGGAGGAAAAAUAUGAUUUACCACAAUAUUUGGAAGCCGAAAUAAAGGAUGAAGAACAAGAAGAAGAAUAUUUCCAAGAACUUGAUCCUGCUAUUCCAAUAAAGGAAGAGUUUCCUGGUCGUUAUAAUUUCCAGGUUUCAUUGGGUAAUCUAGACUCCAGUAAAAAUUGGGUAUAUUCACAAGUAUUGAAAAAAGUGUUUAUCAACAUGGAAGAAACACUGCCAUUACGCUUUAAAUGGGAACCACCUGAAGAUGGUCUCCUUUUACGUACUGCCAUGGUUUUUAGUUUAGAUCAAUAUGCUAGUGAUCCAGUUAGGAGAUGUCAUAAUCAUAUGGCACCAAAUAAUCCAAGUAAUAGAGAUGUAUUACCCAGCGUGAUCAAACAUGUUGUUCGUUGUACACAUCAUCUUACCAUGUAUGAAGAAAGAAAUGAACAUUUAUCUAUAGUGACACCUCUUAAUAGACCACAACCUGGAUCACAAUAUGUUCUAGUGUGUUUUAAAUUUUUAUGUAAAAAUAGUUGUCCAUCUGGAAUGAAUCGCAGACCAACAGAGUUAAUUUUUACUUUGGAAGAUAGUAACAGAAGAAUUUUAGGUCGACAAAGACUUCCUGUUAGAGUUUGUAGUUGUCCCAAAAGAGAUAAAAAGAAAGAAGAAGCUGAAGUGUCACAACCUGAUGUAAAAAAAAGAAAAGUUUGCAUACCAGCUGGAAAAAAAAUGAUGCCUUCCUGCGAUACACAUAUAUUCAAUGUACAAUUAAGCAUUGUUGGAAAAGAAAAUUAUUUGGCUGUAUUAAAGUAUGCAUUUGAUAUUAUGGCUGGCCAAGCCAUAAAAACUGGUCAGCUUGAUUUUUUUAAGCCAUAUUUAGACGAUAUAUUACGUAAAACACCCUAAAUUUAACAUUUUAAGUUUGUACCGUUAUCUAUUGACAUAUCUUAUAAAUUUUAAUUAUAAUUUUAAUUAUUAACUUUAUCAACAUUUAACUAAAUGUUGAUUUAAAAUAAGACGAUGCUUUU